GCUGGAGAUGGCCAUCAUCACGAUCUGCGCUUUGUACCUUCACUCCUGCAAAAGCGCCAUCAGAAGAUCCCUCUCCCCGUCGAAACCGCGAGAAUGGGCUCCAGACACUUACAAAAGGAUCCAAGCGGAGGAGGUCCUUGACCCCGAGCAGGAGGCGUCCAUGAAGAAAAUCCUUCAGUGGAACUACUACAACUUCAAGCUGGAGGAGGGCCACGAGCCGUUCGUGAAGCAGGGCUGCCGCUACACCAACUGCGUGUUCACGAAGGACCGCAACCGCUACCCGCUGUCACAGCUGGACGCCGUCCUGUGGCACGCCAACGCGGCCGACAGCAGCUUCCCGGAUCAGAGGUCGGUGCCGGGGUAGAGAGCGGAGGAGGG